UUUCUUUGCCGCUUAUCCUCACGGCUCGCGGGGCAUGCUGGAGACCUAUCAUUGCUGUCAAUGGGCAGGAGGCGCGCUACACGCUGGACUGGUCGCCAGCCAAUCACAGGGCACAGAGAGAGAGAGACAAACAGCCACACUCACAAUCACACCGAUGGGGCAAUUUAGAAUGUUGAAACAAUGUUGCGUGUUUUUUGGGGAAGUGGGAGGAAACCGGAGUGCCCACCCGGAGAAAACCCGCACAGGCACGGCGAGAACAUGCAAAUUCCACAGAGGCGGGUCCGGGAUUGAACCCGGGACCUCAGAACUCUUCAGGCCAACAAAAGGAUGUGAACUGAAAUGAAGGCGAUGAGAUUGUAACGUACGCUCGGGCACAAACGUGAUGCGCAGCGAUUACAAGGAAUUCAGACAACAAAAGAAAAACUCAGGACGUAAAAAUAAGAUCAGGAAAGGACGUUGGACGAACUGCUUGGACUUGGGACACGAGCGAUGUCACGAUCCCGCAAAACGUGCGCCCCCGCAGAGUUCGCCUGCCUGAACGGUCAGUGCGUCCCCGGGCGAUGGCGCUGCGACGGAGAAGCCGAAUGUCCGGACGGUUCUGACGAGGCAGAGGAGACUUGCAGCAAGCAGACUUGCCCACCCGACAAAUUCGACUGUGGGGGAUCCAAUAAGUGUGUGUCGCUAUCGUGGAGAUGUGACGGCGAGAGGGAUUGCGAGAACGGGGCCGACGAGGAGGACUGCGCAUCUGACGCCAAAGCCUGCCCCGCUGGCCAGUUCAUGUGCGCCAACCGCAAGUGCUUGGCCGCAGUCCACGUGUGCGACGGCGACGACGACUGCGGCGACGGCAGCGACGAGCUCAAGUGCACGUCGCCCCUCACCUGCGGGCCCAACCGACUCCGCUGCAACAGUUCCGAGUGCGUGCCGCUCAUGUGGAGCUGCGACGGCGAUCCCGACUGCGCCGACGCGUCGGACGAGGGGCCCGAGCGCUGCGGCGACGGCGCCGGCGCCCGCCCGACUCACCGCAGGGCCAACUGCGCGGCCCAGGAGUUCCGGUGCGCCAACGGGGAGUGCGUGCGGCUCAGCUGGAAAUGCGACGGCGAUCCCGACUGCAAGGACAAGUCGGACGAGUUGGACUGCCCCCUGCUGACUUGCCGACCCGACGAGUUCCAGUGCGGCGACGGUUCUUGCAUCCACGGCACCAAGCAGUGCAAUAAGGUCAACGACUGCCCCGAUCACAGCGACGAGUCCGGCUGUGUCAAUUCCACCAAAUGUGAGGGCCCCCGGAAGUUCUUGUGCAACAACGGGGAGUGCAUCGAUAGUUCCAAAGUGUGCGACGCCGUCAAGGACUGCAAGGACAGAUCAGAUGAGCCCAAGAAAGAGUGCGGGCUCAACGAGUGUAUGAUCAAUAACGGCGGCUGCUCCCACGUCUGCAUGGACCGACCCAUCGGCUUUGAGUGUCAGUGCCCCGCCGGCUACCAGCUGCUGGACAAGAAGACGUGUGGAGACAUUGAUGAGUGUGAGAAUCCAGACGCUUGCAGCCAAAUCUGCAUCAACUACAAGGGGGAUUUUAAGUGCGAGUGCUACGAAGGCUACGAGAUGGAUCCCGUCACAAAGACGUGCAAGGCGGAGGGAAAAAGCCCUUACCUACUGUUUACUAACCGACAUGAGAUCCGCCGUAUCGACCUGGUGAAGAGGGACUACAGCCAGGUGGUUUCAACCCAGAAGAACACCGUGGCGCUGGACCUGGACGUGGCUAAUAACCGAGUCUUCUGGUGUGACCGUUUUCAUCGGAAGAUCUACAGCGCCUUCAUCCACGAGGCCAAUGACCCGUCUCAGCAGGUCAAACUGGUGGAUUCGUCGCUGCAGACCCCGGCUGGUCUCGCGCUGGACUGGCUGCAGCACAACCUGUACUGGACCGACUCGGGGGACAAAUCCAUCUCUGUGGCGUCAGUGGACGGCACCAAGAGACGUGUGCUCAUCAACACGGAACUCAGUGAGCCCAGAGCCAUCGCGCUGGAUCCUCAUCACGGUUUCAUGUACUGGUCGGACUGGGGCACGAGAGCCAAGAUCGAGAAGGCCGGGAUGAACGGAGUGGACCGGCAGGUGCUGGUGGCCGACGACACCGAAUGGCCCAACGGCAUCACUCUGGAUGUGGCUAACCGCCGUCUGUACUGGGUGGAUUCCAAGCUGCACCACAUCGCCAGCGUGGACCUGAACGGAGCUCACCGCAGGACACACAUGGCGUCCGCCGAGACCCUCGGACAUCCCUACGCUCUGGCUGUGUUUGAGGAUCGCAUCUAUUGGACAGACCGAGACAAGGCGUCAGUCUUCACGGCCAACAGGCUGACGGGUCAAGACGUUCACACGCUGGCCGAAAACCUCAACGAUCCGCACGACAUCGCCGUCUUCCACCAGCUGCGGCAGCCUCGAGGUCCGGACAGUUGCAAUCUGGGCAGCGUGGCCAACGGAGGCUGCGAGUACUUGUGUCUGAAAGCGCCGCAGAUCACCGAGCACUCGCCCAAGUACACCUGCGCCUGCCCCGACGGACAAGAGCUCGGCCCGGAUAUGAGGGCUUGUGUCCCGGCGCCGCGAAACGACAUGCCGCGCUCGCCCUCGUCCGCGACCACGGCAGCGCGAGACUUCCCGGCACCCUCCGAGGGCGACUCGCCGGCGGACGCCGGCCCGCGAUUGACCGCGACGCCUCUGGCCGGCCUGGCGCCGCACACGCCCCUCGGGACCCUCAAGGCGGCGAUGGCGGCGGCGUCGCAGGAGUCCGAGGCGCCGGGGUCGCGCUCGACCGCCACCGUCACCGUUGAGGCCAGCACGAUGGCGGGCGACAGCGGCGUGUCGCAGCACUCUGGAAGUGAGCAUUUCCUCCUGGGAGAAAACCUGACGGUGGCUGUUUUGGGGGUGGUCAUCCCCAUCGUUCCUAUCGUUGCCACAGUGGUGUUGGGCUUAGUCUGCGCCGGGGUCUACGCGGUGUGGCGCAACUGGAGGCGCAAGUCCACCAAGAGCAUGAACUUCGACAACCCCGUCUACCGCAAGACCACCGGCGAGGGCGAGGAGGACGAGAUCCACAUCGGCCGGACCGACGGCGCGGGGCACCACGUGCACCACCACCACCACCACCACCCGUACCCGCAAGGCGUGGGGGUGGUGAGCUCGGCGGGCGGCGCCUGCCCGCAGUUCAUCACCUUACCGCUGGGGGGCGGCGUGCCCGAUCCGGGCGCCCACUGGUACACGGAGCAGCCCACGCUCUCCACGGCGUGAGACGGAAGCCGGGCCUUCAGGGGACAAGACGGCUGCCGUGGCGUGCGCGCGCAGGGAGGUCAGAGGUGACCGAGGUCACGUCUCAUCAAAUGCCGUCCGCAGCCGAGUUCUAUGCCAAUUUUCAAAGUUCUAUUUUUCUCAGAUGAAGUCCCGUUUUGCAUCGAUGGAGUGUCUGUCGCGUGUCGUCCACUGGUGUGUCUUUUGUCCUCGACGUGUUUAUUUGGGAUUUGCGUGGCGAGAAGGAAAAGCUCCGAAAUUGCGGAUCUGCGUCGAUGGGACGAGCUGGACCGAUUCGGAAUAGAAUCGAACAUCGUGUCAAAAAAAAAAAAAAAAAAAAAGAAUUUUCUUGCUGCAGCGUGUUUGGGGCCCACCAGUCCGGACUUGGUUCAGCCGAGUUGUUCCUUCUGCGCUGACAAAAACAACGGAAGCGCUUUUCUGAUUUGACCUUCAGCAACGUGACGAAGCGAAAGGAUGUUCGUCGCGCAUUGGGGUGGAAAAAGCGCAAUCGGAGCAGAAAUAAUGACUGGGACUGGGUUCCUCCUUGUCGUCGCUGCGACCUUUCAAUGUUAUGCGCUUUGAAAGGCGCAAUAUAUCACAAGUUUUCGCGCACUCGCUCUCCCGCCAACAUGAGCGGCGAGAGCUCAGCGGCCGUCGGCGGCGUAUACAAACACGAACGCUCGCUUGCGCUCUAGCGGCGCCACGUUCACCUUUUCAUGCAUUUUUGCAGGCAACCAGUUGUUGUUCUGUUGAAAAAAAUAAAAAAAUCACGUUUGAAUCACUUUUUGGGGAACACUUUUUUCAUUUUUCCACCCCAAUGAAAUUAUGACGGGUGUCAAUUAUUCAAUAUUUUUCUGUGCACGGUCCAACCCGGUGGUUGCCCCCCCCAUGAAUCGAAGGGGUCCCCCCUCACUCCCUGUGACCUUUUAGCGUGUUUGCAUUCGCGUCGGCCGCAGCGCACGCGAGCGCCAACGUCGGUCCCCCGGCCACGUCUGAAGUUUUUGGCGCUGUGCGUUGCGCAACCUUUUUGUGUCACGUGAAAGUUUGCAGAUGAAUGGCUGCAUCAUGAGGGUGCUUUUUGACUCCGAUAUGUAAAUAUGUUUUCGUAAGGAAUUUUGAUAAUGUAUAAUAGCCUCCGAUGAUGUAAAAGACAAGAUGUACAAAGGAUUUCAGAUAAAGUGUUGGCAGUAUAUUCAUUUAUUUGUACAAAAAGAGAGCACGACAUUUCCUGCCCGUAAGGAAAUCCAAAUUGUUCACCAAAAUUUUUCCAUGUUUUUUCUUAGCGUGCAUCCCUCACCGUCCAUUUUUAUGAGCCAGCCUUAUUUUUGUCUUAGUCCAUGUAAAAAAUUGACAUUUUUCUUCCUGGCAAUUCACACGACAUCGCGUGCAUUCAUGUUUGUUUGUU